CCGGUGUGUCUUUAAACUGCCAUGAGUUGCAUCUUUAAAGCCGUACCGUAAAAGCGCGUGCGUGUUAGGCUAUAUCACGGUCCUCCGAACGUGCAGUUUGAUCCAGCGUCCGGCCUUGACCGGUACCACUCCCUGUACCGUUCUUGAGACGAGGGAUGUCUGAUCCUGUUGGGAACUACGAAAAUGCUUUAGCGAUGGAUUUAACGAUCAAAGUUACCGUAAAAACUCCAGAGGAGAAGGAAGACCUUGUCCUUCCAGGGAACGGCAGCGUCAGACAGUUUGGAGGAAGUCCCUCGUUGCUAACCCCGUCGCCGGGGGAAACGCCUUCCGACCUGGAGACCAUCCAUCCCCUCCCCAACCCCUGGGCCCUGCCCACUGUUGCCAGCUCUCUUGCUGCUGUGACCACACCCACAAUCGACCCAGCCCAGAUUAGCCACGCCCCUCAGAGCAGCUCCACAGCCAAUCUGGGGGCAGCAAUGGGAGAUGAAGUGUUCAGUUCAGCCAUGCAGGCAAUGCUGCAGCGGCUCACAGAGCAACCUGGGAUGUUGGAGAGCAUGAUGUCUGGACCCUGCGCUAGCACUAUGCUGGACUGCCUCAGCCACAACCCAGACUUCGCCGCACAGAUGAUGUUGAGCAACCCUCUGUUUGCUGGGAAUCCCCAACUCCAGGAGGAAAUUAGACUUCAUCUCCCAGAAUUCCUGCAACAGAGCCCGGAGGUCCUGGCGGCCAUGUUAAACCCCAGGGCCGUGAGGGCCCUCACUCAGAUCCAGCAGGGCCUGCAGGUUCUGGCGGCCGAGGCUCCGAGGCUCAUACCAGGGGUUGUUCUGGGAGAAGCAGACACCGGCUAUAGCCCCGCCCCAGGGUCACCCCCUGACUCCGCCCCUGACGACCCCGGCAACGGGCCGCAGGUUGCUGUGGAAACGGAGCAACAGCAUCAGCAGCAGGAGUUUGUGCAGCAGAUGUUACAGGCCCUGGCCAGAACCAGCCAGCAGGGCCCUGGUGAGGAGCAGAGGAGUUGAGUUCAAGAGGCUUCCUGAACAGAGAGGCCAACCUGCCUCUCUACUGGAAGAGACGUCAGCGCUGCCAGAGAGCACCUGCUGGGCUCAGCCCCCCCAACACACACACACAACCCCUAAUACACACGCAUAACCCUCCUAACACACACACACACACAGCCCUCCUAACACACAGGUCCAGUGUUUGGUUGUGUGUACUGUAUGUAAGACUGGAAAGUGGUAAAAAAAAAGAAACGCAAAAAA